AUGGCUGACAACUUAUCAGAACAAGUUCAAAACAUGAACAUAAAUGACAACGAAAGCGGGUACGUCCCACCUCAUUUGAGAGGCGGUUCCAGAUCCAGAGGUGGUUCCAGACCAAGUUCCAGAAACAGUAACUACGAGGGCAACAACAACGAGGGAAGCUUUUUUGGUUUCAAUAACAGACGUGGUGGCGGUAGUUUCCGUGGUGGAAGAGGUGGAAGAGGCGGCUUCGACAACAACUACGGCCCAAGAGGAGCUAGUAACCGUGGUAGAUGGGAAGAUGGUAAGCAUAUUCCUGGCCCAAGAAAUCCAAAGGUUGAAUUAGAAUUGUACGGUGCCGCUGAGGAUCCUCAAUUCCAAUCUUCUGGUAUUAAUUUCGAUAACUACGAUGACAUUCCAGUUGAAGCUUCCGGUGAUAACGUUCCAGAAGCCAUUACCGCAUUUACUUCUCCUCCAUUGGAUGAGUUAUUAUUGGAAAACAUUAAGUUAGCUCGUUUCACUAAACCAACUCCAGUUCAAAAGUAUUCUGUUCCUAUUGUGGCUGCCGGUAGAGAUUUAAUGGCUUGUGCUCAAACCGGUUCCGGUAAGACUGGUGGUUUCUUAUUCCCAGUUUUGUCUGAAUCAUUCAAGACAGGUCCAACUGUAGUAGACAACGCUCAAUCCCACGGCUAUUACCAAAAGAAGGCUUACCCAACUGCUGUUAUUAUGGCACCAACCAGAGAAUUGGCCACACAAAUUUUCGAUGAAGCUAAGAAGUUUUGUUACAGAUCUUGGGUUCAACCAUGUGUUGUUUACGGUGGUUCCCCAAUUGGUAACCAAAUGAGAGAAAUGGACCGUGGUUGUGAUCUUUUGGUCGCCACUCCAGGUCGUUUGAGUGAUUUAAUUGAUCGUGGUAAGAUCUCUUUAUCUAACGUCAAGUACUUGGUUCUUGAUGAAGCUGAUAGAAUGUUAGAUAUGGGUUUCGAACCUCAAAUCAGAGCAAUUGUCGAAGGUGCUGAUAUGACUCCAGUUGGCGAAAGACAAACCCUUAUGUUCUCUGCUACUUUCCCAGCUGAUAUUCAACAUUUAGCUCGUGAUUUCUUGGCAGAUUAUAUCUUCUUGUCUGUUGGUAGAGUCGGUUCCACUUCUGAAAAUAUUACGCAAAGAGUUCUUUACGUUGAAAACCAAGAUAAGAAGUCUGCCUUAUUAGAUUUAUUAUCUGCUUCUAAUGAUGGUUUGACUUUGAUCUUCGUGGAAACUAAGAGAAUGGCCGACCAAUUGACUGAUUUCUUAAUCAUGCAAGAUUUUAGAGCUACCGCCAUUCAUGGUGAUCGUACCCAACAAGAACGUGAACGUGCCUUGGCUGCUUUCAGAUCUGGUAGAGCUAACUUAUUAGUUGCUACUGCCGUCGCUGCUAGAGGUUUGGAUAUUCCAAAUGUGACCCACGUUAUCAAUUACGAUUUACCAGGUGAUAUUGAUGAUUAUGUUCAUAGAAUCGGUAGAACUGGUCGUGCUGGUAACACUGGUGUGGCUACCGCAUUCUUUAACAGAGAUAACUCUAACAUCGUUAAGGGGUUAUACGAAAUCUUAUCAGAAGCUAACCAAGAUGUUCCAGCUUUCCUAAAUGAUGCUAUGAGAGACGCUUCUUCUGGUAGAGGUGGUAGCAGAGGUAGAGGUGGUAGAGGAAACAGCACAAGAGAUUACCGUAAGCAAGGUGGUGGCAACGGUUCUUGGGGUAGCAGAAACACCUCUAACAGAUCUUCAUCCGGUGGUUGGGGUAGUAAGCCAUCUUCAUCUUCUGGUGGAUGGGGUAGUAACAGCGGUUCGAGCGCUGGUGGAUGGGGUGAAAGCAGUAACAGUGGUAACAGUGGUUGGUGGUAG